AUGGCUGGUCUCAAGAUUGCUUUCCUCAUCAUUGGUGCUUUCCUCUUAACCACACAGGUUGAAUCCAAAGCCGUUAAUGACAUUGACAUCACUGUCAUCGUAAAACUCAUCAAGAAGAUUGUCGAUAAAAGCGAAAUCGUAGUUAACCGAAUCCUUACCGAAGCCGAAACCAUUAUCGAUAACAUUGAUGACGAUUACGUUGGUGUGCAAGAUCAAGUUGUUAACAUUACCAGAAAUGUUGCAACAAAAAAACUCGACCAAGUUAACAAAGCUUUGAACAUUAUCGGUAAACAAAGUAAUGCUGGGGGACAAAAACUAAUCGGCUGUAUCACCAGUGAAAAAUCAAGUGUUGCAGAUAUUGCCGCUAAUUCGGUUAAGAGUGUUACUACAUGCGCUAAAGAUGAAAUAAGCAACUUCGUUUCUGACUUAACUUCAUUGGUCAAGGACCUCGCCCGUACUGCCAAUAAAACCAGCGUUAUCGCUAAAGAUCUAGACAACUGUAUUGAUAAUGAUACAGGUGACAUUCUCUGCGCCAUUCAAGUUAUCAGUGAAAUAGCGAUUGCAGUAGCCAAAGAUAUUCCAGAGAUUAAUGCCAACCUUGCUCCCAUUCGCAACGAUUUGCCCGAUUUCAUUAACGCUGUUGUCAAAUGCUUGAAAAGUUCUGCUAUAGAUGUGGCAUCCCAACUUGGAAAAGUGGUCAACUCAAUUGUUUCCUGCAAUAAGUGCUAA